AUGUAUCUUUUCCGAGCCUCUUUGGACUUCAUGCUUUUCAUUGUUCUGAUAGCGUCAGCCGUAAAGCCCUCACAAACGAUCCACUCAUCAAAGCCACCACCAGAGAAUAUGGAAAAAGUUUUUACGACGAAAGUACCUGACCUCAACUUUCCACCUCCCGAGGAAGAAGCGGUAGAAGUACAAUAUUCUGCAGAACAUGGUAAAAUCAGCAUUGGGGAGAAUGUAACCAAGAGAAAGAAGAAAAAGCGAACAGGCGCUGCAUUAGAAAGACAUCGUAUUAAGGAUCGACAAAAAAAGCGAGAAGCAAGAGCACGCUUGAGUACAGAAGAAAGAUUGGCACUCUUCAGAAGAGAGCGUGAAAAGCAAAAGGAGAGGCUUGCUUUGCAAGCUCAAAGAGAUAUAAAGCGCGCAAAAAGGCAGAAAGAGAAGGAAGAGAGGUGGUACAGUUUCUUCCACUUUUUGAUCUUUGCGCAAUGUAUUGGAAUUCUUGCUGUCAAGGUGUCCGAACGUUCAAAAGCAAAAAAGGCUCUUUCGGUAGAGAAGUCCGUAGCAUUCAACUCGGGAAGAGCCAAUGAGCUUCAAGCCAAACCUAUUCCAGAUCUCAACUUUCCACCGCCGGCAGAAGAUGUUGAAAGUGUGCAUAGUGCCUCACCGAAAUCUGCUCCAAAAAGUCCUCAAACAAUUCCGCUUAACGAAAAAAGCUACUACUACAGGAUGAUAGAACGUAAAAAACGGGAAGGUACCUUACGUGCAUGGACGACAGCAAAACGUGAAAGAAUGAAGAUUUAUCGAGCAAAUUUGCCGCCUGAAAAGAAAGCUGAAAACCUGCGAAAAGAAACGGAGUGUAAAAAGAAAAAGUUAGCUGAAUAUGAAGUAGCUGCUGUGAAAGCAAAGAUGAAGUCGUUGAAUGAGAACAAUCAAUCUUCGCAAAAUUCCCAACAAAACAUUCCAGAAUCAACGGGCUUGACAACGACAAACAAGGCACCUAUUCCCGAUUUGAACCUUGAUCCUCCUCCAGAAGAAGUACCAACUACGUCCACGUAUCGUAAAGGCGCUUUUUUAAAGAAGGACAAAGAUGGGAGGAUGAAAACAAGAUUUGCCAUCUACACGCAAUCAAGAGAGAAGAAAGGAACUCUGAAUGAAUUUCGAUUGAAAGAAAGAAAAAGACACAAAAACUACCGCAACGCUUUACCCGAUGACGAAAGAAUAGCAAAAUCAAAGAAGUAUCAAAAAACUAUGUUUGACAAAUUUAAACAGUCUGCAGAAGCUCGUGAAAGGCGUUACAUUUCUGUUCGCAAAGCAGCUCAAAGAUUUUACGCACGCAAACGUGCAAAAGAGCUUGGUCUAGAGAUCAAGCCCGAGGAUGCAGUCAAAAGGAAUUUCAAACAACCCUCACCAUGA